GGGCUGACUCCGGGGAUGCGGAGCGCCAGGGGCAGCAAGCCCGCGAACCUCCUGGACUCCCGUAAGCCCGAAGUGGUUGAAUUCACCUCCGACGUGGGCAGGAAGAUGUUCGGGUUCAGCCACGAGGAGAUGGACAACUCCACGGCCUACUAUGAGGGGCACUUCAAAAUGAAUAUGAGGCAGGGGGAAGGCGUGCUCCAUGCCCCGGACGCGGGCGCCAAGUACGUGGGGCAGUUCCAGGCUGAUCGAUACCACGGCCACGGGGACAACACGUGGUCAGACGGCAGCAGGUACAAGGGGCAGUGGGUCCGCGGCCAGAAGCACGGACAGGGCGAGUACACCAGCGCCGACGAGCUGAAGUAUACUGGGCGCUGGGAGAACGGCGUGCGGCACGGCCAGGGCGUGCAGGAGUACGCCAACAGCGACUGGUACGAAGGCGGUUGGUUCAGGGGGCUGUGCAGUGGCCGGGGUGUCUAUCACUUCGCGGACGGAUCCAGCUACGAGGACGGCACGUGGGCCCACGGCCGCUACGACGGCCCUGGCGUCUUGCACUGCGCCAACGGCACAUGUGAGCGCCACAGGUACAGUUGCGGGCUGCUUGUGAAGCGGGAGGUGCUUCCCUUGGCCCUGGGCCGCGGGACCCUUGGGAAAGCCCUCACGGGCAAGGCGGACCUGUCCCAGACCAGAGAGCAAAUGCACAAGCCGACGGUGAGGGCCAAGAACCAGAUGUCAAGGUACUUGAUCAACCGAGAGACGGCUGGCGUGGAGACCUCUCGGCACCGCCUCUGUGGCGGAGCUCACCGUCGCCUCCGCCUGGCGCCCUCGAGGGCGGCGAGGUGGUGGCCGCGCUGGAGGACGGCCCCGUGGAGCCCCGAGUGGUGA